AUGAAACAACAAUCUAUCGAGCAAGUGUUGCGAAAAACCCCAGAAACUGUUUGUUAUCAGCGGUGGGCAAGGCACGGAACUCGAAAAAAGGAGCAUUGAUGCCGAGCACCCGGCUUGGUCUGCUGCUCCAUUUAUUAAUACCAAGCUAUGGACAAAUGAGUUCUUGGGGGACAAAAUCUUCGUGAACAAAAUGCCCGAAGAGUUCAUUUUUGCUGGAUAUAAAAUGCUAACGACAAUGGCAUACCAAGCGAGAUUUUAGUCAAUUGUCGAGAAUACGCAUAUCCAGACGCUGGCGGGUUAUAAUACACUCCCCACAAAUAUUGUUGCGUUUUGCUGAGAGUGUGUAGGAGACGACCGAUAACUCGUCGGGUCCAUUGGUUGCUGGGGCGCGCAUUGCUGCCAAGAAUUUUCUGGAGACUAUUGCGAGCAACCUGAGUUCAUUGAUUAUAUGAACUAUUUCAAACCUCAGCUUAACAACUUCAAAGAAAACGAUAAACUGGAUUUAAUCGGCUUCGAAACAAUCCCAACAUUUACGCACUACACACUUUCUCGUCGGCUGACAUCUCUAUCAUAGCCGAGCCCUUCUACGCCAGUCUCUCAAGGCAUGACAACGGCGCCUUGCCGGACGGAUCCGCUGUCGACGAAGUCGCCUGUCUCGUCAAGAUGCUAGGCAACAAACCGAAUCUGAACUUAAUUAUGAUCGGAGAGAACGGCGAGGACGCUAGUCGCUCUGCAGACAUUGUCCGUAAAUUGCAUAACGAGCUGCCUCAUCUAAGUUUGAUUGCGUAUCCUAACAGUGGGGAAAUUUAUUAA